GCGCGAUUAAACUACCGGCGAUUUACUUUUGUCGAGAAUCCGGGGGUGCCAUUGCGCCGUAUCGUUCCUGCAGUAGUGUCUCGGGCCAAAAGCUCCUCCUUCAAUUUCACUUGCACUAGGACGCUGCGAGGUCCGAAUUGCUGUGCCGUGCGCAGGAUAGCCCGACCCAGCAAGACUGUCCGCUACGCUGCUGCAGUCCUCCAUUGCUAAGAUUACACGCGCGAAGUCGCAGCCACUGAUAUUAAGAGCCCUUCCGCCGCCCACCAUGGCCACCACCAUCGACGACCGGUCCCCUAAUCCACCUAAUACCUUGGCCCACCAAGACGGCUCUCCUGAUCCCUCUGGCCGCCCAUCAGUAGCCCAGUCCACCAACUCUGACCAAGCAGGACCACGCAGAUCCAGCUUCAACUUUCUGCGCCGAACCAGCGGGAAGAGCUCCUCCGAAGUUCGCGGUAAUAGCAGUAAUCGAAGCACUUCAAUCGGCAAGAUGAGCAGGAAGCAGAAGCAACUCGCCCAGGAGGAGGCUCUUCGCAAGCAGCGUGAAGCUACCAUGCUGCCUAAGCAGCCGCCGCGCCUGCCUUCUCACUCGGCCCUUCCUCAAAUUGCCACGUUUGGAGGUGAAGACGCCCGUCCAGACUCCAUUGCCAUUGUCUCCAACAAAGCUGGCACCUACAACCCCAGCGCCCACAACUUCAGCCGACCCUCAACCGACACCUACAGGAUGGCGCCUAUCCCCAGCUCCAGCCCCGCUGUGGCGCCGCCCGUGCCUGGUUCCUCGCAGUCCAACUACAUGGACUACGAUCCUUACCCGAGGACUGAGAGUAUGACCAACCGUGGUCGCUACAGCUAUGCCAGCAGCCAGAUCAGCACCGUCAACAGCCCCCGCCGUGUGAGGAGGAGGAAGGACCCCACGCCUUUCAACAUCCUUGUCAUUGGUACCAAGGGCUGCGGAAAGUCAUCGUUCAUUGAGUUCCUCCGCACUGCGCUUGCACUUCCGGCUCGAAAGCGCCCACAUACGCCCUCCCCACCCGCUACAGCCGUGGGUGGUGACGACUCACCUUUCACGUCAGAGUUCCUCGAGACUGAAGUAGACGGUGAGAGAGUCGGCGUCACGCUCUGGGACUCCGAGGGCUUGGAGAAGAACAUUGUCGAUUUCCAACUACCCAUCAUCACCUCUUUCCUCGAGUCCAAGUUCGAAGACACAUUUAGCGAGGAGCAAAAGGUUGUACGCGCUCCAGGCGUCAAGGAUACACACAUUCACUGCGUCUUCCUCGUCCUGGAUCCGAUUCGCUUGGACCAGAACAUAGCCGAGGCCCGCAAGAAGUCUAACGUCGUUAAUGCUGGCAGUGCCAUCUUCGGUGGUCUGGAUGAGCGCCUAGAUCUCAACAUACUUCGCGAGCUGCAAACCAGAACGACUGUGAUUCCAGUCAUCAGCAAGGCAGACACAAUCACCGGCGCACACAUGCGCUACCUCAAGAAGACAGUCUGGGACACUAUCAAGCGCGCAAAGUUGGACCCCUUGGAGGCCCUGAACCUAGACCUAGGUGACGAUGACGAAGAUCCCGACCGACUGGAUGAGCGUGAUGAGGACGAAUACGAGCAGUCGUCUGAGGGCGAAGGUAAAUCCGAGGUACUUAACAAGAUCCUCGAGCGAUCUUCCUCCGAAGCUGCGCGCUCGAUUGCUUCAUCUGGUUCUUCCACUAGGUCGCACUCACCUCCGACCUCGCCCCCGAGCGCCAGGAAAGGUCACAGCCGCAAACCUUCCGCCAUGUCCGCCUCUAUUCACAGCGAAAAUGCCGAGACUCCGUUCUUGCCUCUUAGCAUCAUCUCGCCAGAUCCUUAUGACCCUGAGGUUGUCGGUCGUAGAUUCCCAUGGGGCUUUGCCGACCCUUACAACCCGGAGCACUGCGACUUCGUCAAGCUCAGGGAGAGUGUCUUCAGCGAUUGGCGCUCCGAACUCCGCGAGGCUUCCCGUGAGCAAUGGUACGAGGGCUGGAGGACCACCCGUCUGGAGAAGAGCAAACGACGAGUCGCGACUUCAGAUGGGCCAGCAACCAGGGGACUCUCCGUCCCAGCGACGAAUGGUCGGGCCGUCAGUGCUGGCGGCGGCCAGUAUCGCCCAUAUCGCCCCAACGAGUUCUAGGUGCCUCGAUCCUAACACUCACGCCUCUUGCCAGUCCGGCAUCAUCAUCGAGUCAAACCAACUACGGACAACAUCCACUCCACAACGAGGCCAUCUAACGUUCAUCCAGCGAAGCAUCUUUUGAUCCUUCCACAUCCAGCACAACUCAAGCGGUAUAUGUGUACACUUGGAGGUCUCGAUACCUUUUCCUAUAUCAGUCUGCAUCUGGAAGUUUGUGUUUUUAUCUGAUUUUGAAAUUGCGCAUACCCUUUUUCGUAUUGUUUAGUACCAUUCUAGAGUCACGCCGUUCCGACACUGUUCAUUCUGUUCAACAAGGAUCCGGGUGGUCGAUGUCUUUUACGCUGAGCGUAGUAGGAGCAAUGCGGGAUCAGCUUCAAACCUGUUUAUUUAGCGAAUGAUUAAGAUAUCAGUGGAGGAUUGGUAGCAAACAGAUCGUAGGGGUUGAGGGGAUUCGACAGAAAAAUUGUAUCUUAUGAAACACUCGUC